GAACAUUCACAGUCGACCCGCUCGCCGCACCAACAGGGACGCACACGCACCACAGCAGCGCUCGCCAUCGUCGUCAUCACCGCGUGUCUACCGUAUUUUUUUCGUUAAAAAUAAUAUUCGUACGACGCGUCGUCGUGCGUCAAAGUCUACGAGUGUGAUCGUACACGGCAGUAAUAAUAUUAUUAUAAAACAAAACAUCGGAGUGUGAUUCGUCUGCGGGUUAAAUUGUUUGUUGUGCUGUACACACCCGCGGUGUCCGCCGCAGAUAAUAAUUCUAUCCGCCCGUCGUCGGCUAAAAGGUGGUGGUGUGCCAAUCAUCAUGAAUACGUCUUUCUUGCGGUUGCUGUGCACUCUAUUUGCACUAUCCCACUAUGCAUUGGCACAAAGUGGUUAUAAUUACAACAAACCAUCAAAUCCCCUAAACGGCCCAACUACAGCAAUACCAUACGGUAACGAUGCAUUAGUAGGUAAGCCAUCUGGCACUAGCUAUCCUACUUCAUUCCCUACAACGAUUUCAUCAUACCCAACUCAGGCUGACCAAUUUGGUUCUACUGGACCUACUGGUACGCCCAGUUUUAAUGGUGGGUAUGGUGGCCAAACAGCCUAUCCUACAUCUGCACCUCAAGAUUUCACUACGGCUAACUUCCCUAGUUCAACCGCACAACGACCUGGAAACUUCCCUACUGGUUCAGGUUCAUCGCCUGGAUAUGGCUCAUCUGGUGAUGGUUCUUCUGGACCAAAUACAAGACCAAGCUAUGGUCCAAGUGGACAAGAAAGCUUAGGAGCCCCUCAAAGUGGUAAUGGAUAUGGUGUUGGUUCAGGAUCUGGUUUUGGAUCUGGAAGUUCAAAACCAAGUGGAUUUGGUGGAAGUUCAGGAACACCAAGUUCAACUGGUUUUGGAAGUGGAAAUGCACCGGGUAGUUAUGGAAGUGGAAACAAUGUAGGAACUACUGGAUUUGGAAGUGGAAGUGCCCCGGGUAGUUAUGGAAGUGGAAACAAUGCAGGAACUACUGGAUUUGGAAGUGGAAAUGCCCCUGGUAGUUAUGGAAGUGGAAACAAUGUAGGAACUACUGGAUUUGGAAGUGGAAAUGCUCCUGGUAGUUAUGGAAGUGGAAACAAUGCAGGAACUACUGGAUUUGGAAGUGGAAAUGCUCCUGGUAGUUAUGGAAGUGGAAACAAUGUAGGAACUACUGGAUUUGGAAGUGGAAAUGCUCCGGGUAGUUAUGGAAGUGGAAACAAUGCAGGAACUACUGGAUUUGGAAGCGGAAAUGCUCCUGGUAGUUAUGGAAGUGGAAACAAUGCAGGAACUACUGGAUUUGGAAGCGGAAAUGCUCCUGGUAGUUAUGGAAGUGGAAACAAUGCAGGAACUACUGGAUUUGGAAGCGGAAAUGCUCCUGGUUAUGGUGGUAGUAGUGGUUCUGUACCAGGAACAGGUUUUGGAAGCAACCCGGGAUCAAGCGGUUUUGGUAGUGCACCCGGCAAUUAUGGAAGUAACAAUGUUGGAGCACAAGGACCAAAUAGUUUUGGCAGUGGUGUUGGUGGUGGAUCCAGACCAAGUUAUGGAGGCGCUGGAAUUGGUGGACCUAGCAGUGUAGGCGGUGGAAAUGCUGGUGUACAAGGACCUAGCAGUUUCUUUGGUGGAAACGGUGGUAGUCAAGGAUCUAGCACUGUUGGAGGUGGAAAUGCUGGUGUACAAGGACCUAGUAGUUUCUUUGGUGGUAAUAGUGGAAAUGGUGGUAGUCAAGGACCUGCUAGUUUUGGAAACGGUUUUGGAUCUGGAAACUCACCAACUGGAAAUAACGACGAUGGUUCUUACGAAGGUGGUGACUUUUCUGCUAUACCCGGAGAACCAGGUACCGACUAUCCAAUACUAUCAGAAAUACCAAAUACUUCAUUUACUUGUAACCAGAGAUUACCAGGAUACUACGCUGAUACCGAAGCCAGAUGUCAAGUAUUCCAUAUAUGUUCUAAUGAUAUUAAAUACGAUUUCUUGUGUCCUAAUGGAACAAUAUUCCACCAACAACACUUUGUAUGUGUCUGGUGGAACCAAUUUGAUUGUUCAACUGCUGAAAGUCUAUAUGGCUUGAACGCUAAUAUUUAUGACUACUCAAAAGUAGGUUCUCCAGGACAAUCAGGCCCACAAGGUCCUAUCGCUAACUUCCCUGGACAAGUUGGUCCUAAUGGACCAAUUGGUAACUACCCCGGUUUAUCUGGACCACAAGGGCCAAUUGCUAACUUUCCGAUAAUUUCUGGUCCACAAGGCCCAGUUGCAAACUACCCAGGACAAUCAGGACCACAAGGACCAACCGCCAACUACCCGGGUCAAUCAGGUCCCCAGGGUCCAACAGCCAACUACCCGGGACAGUCUGGUCCUCAAGGUCCAACCGCUAACUACCCAGGACAAUCAGGACCACAAGGACCAACCGCCAACUACCCGGGUCAAUCGGGUCCCCAGGGUCCAACAGCCAACUACCCGGGACAGUCUGGUCCUCAAGGUCCAACCGCUAACUACCCAGGACAAUCAGGACCACAAGGACCAACCGCCAAUUAUCCAGGCCAAACUGGUCCCCAGGGUCCAACAGCCAACUACCCGGGACAGUCUGGUCCUCAAGGUCCAACCGCUAACUACCCAGGACAAUCAGGACCACAAGGACCAACCGCCAACUAUCCAGGACAGUCUGGUUCUCAAAGGCCAACUGCCAACUAUCCAGGUCAAUCGGGUCCCCAGGGUCCAACAGCCAACUACCCAGGACAGUCUGGUCCUCAAGGCCCAACCGCCAACUACCCAGGGCAAUCAGGUCCACAAGGCCCAACCGCCAACUACCCAGGACAGUCUGGUCUUCAAGGCCCAACCGCCAACUACCCAGGACAGUCUGGUCCUCAAGGUCCAACCGUUAACUACCCAGGACAAUCAGGACCACAAGGACCAACCGCCAACUACCCAGGACAGUCUGGUUCUCAAAGGCCAACUGCCAAUUAUCCAGGUCAAUCGGGUCCCCAGGGUCCAUCUGCCAACUACCCAGGGCAAUCUGGUUCUCAAGGUCCGUCAGCCAAUUACCCAGGACAGUCUGGUUCUCAAGGUCCGUCAGCCAACUACCCAGGACAGUCUGGUUCUCAAGGUCCGUCAGCUAACUACCCAGGACAGUCUGGUUCUCAAGGUCCAACAGCAAAUUAUCCAUCACAGACAGGUGCACUUUUCCCGAGUCAACGUCCAAGUAGCUACCCAAGUGCACAAGCUACACCAUCAUACCCAUCUACAGGUGUGAACAAUAACGGUCGACCAAGUUCUCAAGGUCCAUUUGGAAGUUCAGGCACAACACCUUACCCCAGUCAAGGAAGUACUGUGGGAUCAUAUGGUCCAAGCUCAACUUUAUCAGGUGCAUCGCCAACUUCUGCCUCAUACCCAGGAUCAACUUUAUCUGAUGCGCAGUUUGUAAACUCUUACAAUAAACCACCUGUACCAGACAGGGAAUAUUUGCCACCGUAUAAAAAAUGAUGACCUAAGCUCAAAAUUGCCAUAAUUUAGUUUUACUAUCAAAUUUAUUACCUAGUGUUAGGUUUUUUAUAUUAUUUUUAUUAUUGAACAUUAAUCACAAUAGCUUAUUUCGCUUAUUUAAAGUCAACUAUAUAUAAACAAUAAUCUAAAUACUACAUAGAAGAGUAUUAUUUAAAAUUUCACAUAACCGUAUUCUCGUAUCAUAUUAUGUAUAUACAAUAUAAGCUAUAUCAUAUUUUUGCAAAUGUUAUUAAAUUGUGCAUCAAACAUAUUACAAUAACAUACUCGUAAAUGACUACUUGUAAGGAAUGCGUUUUACAAUUGCUUUAUUCAUAUUAUGUUUAUAUUCAACAAAAAUCUUAAUACUUUUUGCAUUUUUAUACUUUUAUACUUUAUUUUAAGUAAUCUAUUAAUCAUGUAUCGAAAACUGUGUUACCAUUACUAUAAGCAAUGUAAACAACAUUAUUAAAUAGAAUUGAUUUUUAGCUUGCAAACAAA